GCCGCUGAUAAAUGUUACUAUGGCAACCAGUAGUCGGUAUGCCUAGCGAUUUGCAGCAAUAAAAAAUUGCUGUAUCUCGAGCUCAGGAACUACACUUCCCAUCAAACCACUGUUUCCGCUUCGUAAACAUGGCGGUGUUUAGUUAAACAGCGUGAGUAAAGUACUGCAGAGUGCCAGUAAACUAAACUUUUUGCUGGUUCAUACCGACUACAGCAGUUACAGAAUCUGCACAAUUGCGCAACAACUUGGACGCGAUCGAAUCUUUCAGCUCUUCUGUACUACCAUCUCGCAAGUUGCACUCGGUUUUAAGAAUCAUCAGUCAGACUAAACACCGCAUGCCGUUUACUUGGACUCGUUUAAAUACAACAUUGGUAUCUAGUUUAUCUGAAAUAGCGACCACAGCGCAAUGCCCGAGGGUCCUGAGCUGCACCUGGCCAGUGUGUUUGUGAACACAGCAUGUGCAGGUGUGAUUUUCACCGGCGCUGUGGAGAAGUCUGAGGUGAGUAAAGGAGCCGAGGUGCUGUUUUCCAGCAAUGCUUACCGAAUCAGCGCCACGUCCAGAGGAAAAGAAGUGCGACUCACACUCACUCCGAUCAAGACUUGCACCCGGAGUGAAGGCAGAGCAGGCCUGAACCAACAGGCACCUAUGGAUGUGGUCUUCCGGUUUGGGAUGUCAGGCUAUUUCAGCUUCACCGCCACAUCAGAGCGCCCAAAACAUGCCCAUCUGCGAUUUUACACCAAAGACGAUCCUCAGAGAGUGCUGAGCUUCGUUGAUACCCGCAGGUUUGGCAGCUGGCAGCCUAAUGGGAGCUGGCAGAAAGACCGAGGACCCUGCGUCAUGCUUGAGUAUAAGAGCUUCAGGGAGAAUGUUUUGUCCAAUUUGUCAGACAAGGCAUUCGACAGGCCAAUCUGUGAGGCUCUCUUAAAUCAGAAAUACUUCAACGGGAUUGGCAACUACCUCCGAGCAGAGAUUCUGUACAGAUCCAAUAUCCCUCCAUUCGUGAAGGCAAGGACUGUGUUAGAGGGACUCAAAGCAAAACAUGAAGAGACAGUGAACGUUAAAGCAGACCCCAGCCCAGAGGUGUCAGAGAAACCUGGUGUGGAUGAGAAGAAAAUUGAGAGUCCAGACCUCCUCUCUCUCUGUCAUACUGUACCACUUGAAGUGGUUAAUCUGGGUGGAAAAGGUUAUGACCCAGAGAAGCAUGAUUACACACAAUUUGCUUCCUGGCUGCAGUGUUACAACAUUGAUGGGAUGAAAUCAGUGAGAGACCACAAUGGAAGAACUAUGUGGUUUAAAGGUGAUGCUGGUCCAAUGGCCCCUAAAGCUUCCAAAUCUCCCAGGGCAAAGAGAAAAAUAAAGAAAGAUGUCCAUACAGAUACAAAGAAGGAAAAGAUUGUAAAGAAGGAUCCAGGGGCUGGCAAAAGGGAGAAGGAUGUGCCUAAGAAACAGAGCGGCACCAGACGACAGAAUUCCAGCAAGACUGGACUGGAAGCAGAUGAUGGCAGAAGACCAAAGGCAUGCAGAAAGAACAGUUCAGCAGGUCUACGGCAAACCAGAGCUACAAGUACGAGAGGACCAAGUGUACGGAACGCUAACACUAAAGCUAAGGCCACCAGCAAACCUCUUAGGAAAAGCAGUAGAAUUACUUAAGAGCAGUUUGUUUAAAAAAAAAAAAAAGGAUGACUGGUAGAUUAAGAGGCAGCUGUCUGUAUGUAUGUAAAUACUAAACUGCAGAGGGGCAGUUCAUAAAAAAAUCUAGCCAUGUACAUCUGGUUCACAUCAGCUAUUACUUGGGAUGAUAAUUACCAUUUUAUUUUUUUAACACGUUUGUGUUUUUCAUUAAAGGAAAAAUAAGUACA